GAAAGAAACUUCCUGGAGGAAAGUGUCAUAGAACUCAAGUAGCUGAAGACCGGACUCGAUCGAGAGCUUGGCGCCCGGGUUGCUCGAAAGAUCCCGUUCCUCAUUCUGGCGAACAAGCAAGACCCCUCGGACGCCAUACGUAUCUCGGAACUCCAUGCCACGUUCUCCGCCGCAUGCCAGGGAUGUUCGUGGAACAUGAUCCCCGUGUCCAUUGCCAGCACCGAGGACGUCGGCGUCAAAGCUGCCCUCAGAAGGCUCUGCCAAGCGCUCUGUGACGGAUCGGCGCCAAGGGAGGAGAGCUCGGACACCACAAGUAAUCCGCAGACGACGGCUCUUCAGGACGGUCAAACUACGACUACGGACCGCGUCCCGCGAUACGUGAAACGUGCAAUCGCAGAUGAAGCCAAUAUGCCCGAUGAGCGGUUCUUGGAGCAAUUCAAGGCCGCCGACUAACCCUCUUGGGAUCACUACACCCAUUUGCGUGUUGCCUAGGUUCUACUGAAGCUCCGCGGUCGUCAGAAAGGCAAGGACGAAAUUUUCGACGGCAUUCAGCACUAUCUGGCCAUGACUAAGACUCAAACCGACGCGCGCAAGUUCCAUUACUUCUGGAUUCAAGCCGUACAUCUUGGGCUCACCGGGCAGAACUUGACACCGGCCGCACCCGAAAGACCCUUCUAUCCCAGUACCACAUUGGUGGAGGAGACUCGGACAAGGUGAUGGAGGCGAAGG